AUGUCCAGCGAUCUUCGAGGACCCCUGUUCUUCCUCCAAAUCGUCUUUAUUGUCUUGGAGCCAAAUGGAAUUGGAUGGAAUUUCGACUUCCGGUUUUUCCAAAUCUGCGCAGUAAAAGAGAUGACCAGUCUGGGUGCCGUUGCUAUGGGCUACUUGUUCCCCUUCACCACCAUUAUAGCCUUUUUAUUCCUGUACACGGUAAGCGCUAAGUUCUACCUGGUGAGAUUCAAGCGUCGUAAAAACUCAAUACUGCGAUCCUUUUGGCUGCUGACAUUGCUGGCCUACAAUAACCUAGCUAUUACAAGUUUCAUAUUGCUUUCUUGCAUCAAAGUUGGAAAGAAAAACCUUUUUUUCUAUGAUGCAACCAUUGAAUGUUUUGAAAGGGACCACCUUUGGUUGGCGAUUUUAGCAAUUUUUUCCUUGCUGCUCAUGGUUAUUCUACUCAUCUCUGUUGUUUUGGUGACCAAGAGAUACUGGAGAGUUGAUCCACAGUAUUUCGAUACUCUGACAGAUGGUCUGAGCCCGCGUUGCUUAUGGUGGUGGUCAUGGGACCUGUUCCGAAGAGUGUUGCUCAUGGUGUUUUAUGUUUUCAUCAAGAAUUGGUACACCAAACAGGUAAGUCAUACUAUGACUUUAACCAAGCCUAAAAGCGGAGCUUUUUUAGAUACUAAAUAAACUACGAGUGGUCUUUGAUUUUACGCAGUGGUAAGCAAGUGUCAUCACUCGCAGAUGAGCAUGUACGAGCACCAAUCGAUCGAGUUACUAGUAAGGCAAAGCAGGCGAACGGUUAAGGCGCGUAAAAGCACAUAACUCCGAUGCUAUAGCACUUAAGAAGUUCUUGCACUGAAACGUACACAGAUAAUGUCAAAAGAGAGAAAACACGCAAUCUGAGCCGGCCCACAAGACCACGCAAGUAGAAUAUAAAAGGCGGAAAAACCCUUCUAAUUGGUACCAACACUCUAAGCCAAUUGCAAGUUGGUAGUGCAAAGGCGCUGGGAAACACAUAACGUUGAGGCCCAGUUCAAACGUCGCAUUUCACAUGAGCCGAAUCUAAUAAUGCAACGUUGAAAACAUUUAUUUCCUACAACUUUCUACGAUUUUUUCAGGUCAUCCUGUUUCUGAUAUGCUCGGUGAUCCUUGCCAUCCACAAUACGUUGCAACCAUACAAGAAGAAAAGAGUCAACGCGUUAGAGUCGGUGUACCUUACAAUCCUAGCUGUCAUGGCAGUGAUGCCGUUAUUAAAUGCAGAAGACACCAGCGAUAUCACUGGAAUGAAAAACGUCGUUUCCUAUCUGCUCCUGAUUUCCACCAUGAUACUCACGUUGGUAUUGUUUGCGUGUAAACUCGUAAGGCUUUUGAAGGGAAAAUGCAAACCCAGUGAAAGGUUCGUUCAGCUAGGAGAAUAUGAGUCUAUAGAGGAGUCAUCAGAUAUUAAUCUGGAGCAGAGAGAAAGAAGACAAAUCUUUGGCAUAAUAUUUGGUUAG